CUUGCUAUUCCGCCUCCUCCGCGCUCCCUGCUCGCCGCCUGCGCCAGCUGCGCCGCGCCUUUGCCGCCAGUCGCUCCCCGCUGCCCACUCCAUCAUGACCGAUCCCGAGUGCGCUGUCGCCGGCGUGCAGCUCGUCGACGACCAGACCUCGCACACGCUCCUCCUCUUCCUCUCCUUCCUGCUGCUCUCCUUUGUGGGCGGCGCCAUCGCGAUCGCCGGCGCCAUGCCGCCCGACCCGUCCGUCCACUGGCCUGGCCACUCGUGGAUCCACUUUAUGAAGCGGCUGCACGUCAUCUUCUCGAUCGGCUGCUUCCUGAUGAACCUCUGUGCCUGCUUCUUCUCCAUCUUCGCCCUCCACCGCACGCUCGCCGGCGGGUUUGACAUGCGCGGCCGGUCGGCCGCCGAGGUGCUGCUGCGGGAGCUCGAGUACGAGUACGUGGCGGUGUCGGUGUACUACUUUGCCGGGAUGAUGCUGCUCAUGGGCCCGGUCGGCAUACGCUGCUUCUGCAUGGUGCAGCAGGGCCUCCGCUCCGACACGCUUGCCGCCGCGGUGAUGUGCCUGAUCGUCGGCGUCGUGCUGCUGAUCCUCUCCUUCUUCAACGCGCACCUGGUCCACACGCCUUUCGCCUCGUUCGCGCACCUCUGCCUCCGCUUCAUCGAGCUCUCGCUCGCCCGCUGCUUCGGCGGCGGCAAACCCGCCGUCACCUUGCUGCUCGCCUGGACCUGCCAGUGCGUCUCCGUCGUCCUCGCUGUCUGCUCGCUGAUCGAGACGGUGCCCUGGCUCUACUACCGCGAGCUGUACGCCGAAGAGUCGGCGCACGCAGACUCGGACGCCGCGGCAGCAGCCGCGGCCCUCCCCUCCUCGGCGGAACAGAUGCAGCGGCAGCAGCUGCAGCCGUCGCAGCCGGGCGCGGCGGCGGCGCGGCCCGCGGGCGUGUGUGGCAGCGGCAGCAGCUCGGGUCGCGUCUCGUGGGAAGGCGGCGCCGUCGGCGGCCUGUCGCAGCUGCGCAACGUGCGCGGCUCAAUGGGCGAGGUGCUGCAGUCCAUCUCCGAGCCGGACACGCCCGGCCGCGAGGAGGAGGACGGGCGGCACGGCUCACCGCCAAUGCACUGCUCCCCGCCCGCAGCUGCGGAGCGACACGCCGCAGCCCCCGCCGCUUGGGCGCCGGCGCUCGCCGCGGCCGCCGCCCUCGACAACCCGCGCUGCCUCACUUCGCCAAAGCUCGCCAGCGGCGUACGCGCCAGCGCCGGCCUGAACCGGCGUCAAAAUUCGGUGGCGUCGUCGCUGGCAAGCAUCGACAGCUUGGUCGUCGACUAGAGCCUCUUGCGCGCGGCGACCGCGCCCUCGCGGCCACGCUGAGGCUACCGGCCCAGCCAUGGCCCUCCCGCCAUCUAUCACUACGCUCCGACGCCAGCGGGCCGGCUGGUGGCCCCGCCGGCUGUCGACGCGCGCGGUGUCUCUAGUCUGUUUUGGCUGUGGGCUCGCGCCCCGGGUCUCUGCGCCGUCGCGGGCGGGGCUCCACCAUGUUGCUAAUACAUGAUUAUGUGGUGUGCGUCAUCCGCCC